CCCCCGAUCGGAUGACAACCAGCUGUCAUCAGUUCCCGAUCGACCAGCAACCGAAGCGAAGGUCGCCGUCGCCAAUACACCCGCUUCCCGUGCCCAUCCGUACGCCGCCAUGAACAAACCGCCAGUCCUAUUUUGCAUUUUACUGCUGCUCGUUGCACCGAGCCUACAGAUCUCCACGCCAGGUGAUCCACACUAUUGGGCCGGUGUGGUAGAGUUCAGCUCCGAUCGUGUGAAUGGCGAAACGGCCGAAACCAGCACGGCGAACCGUCUCGUCCAGUAUCUAUCGAUUAUAAACUCCCCCGAGGCGGACACUACCGAUGUGCUGGCAUUUCCCGAAGGCACGCUGAACCGUGUGGCAACCGCUUCGUUCGUACCACAUCCGAAGGAUGCGAUCGCACCGUGCAACAUCCUUGAGUACGAGCCGGUCGUCCGGGACAUUUCCUGUGCCGCACGCAACCGCAAAAAGUACGUCGUGAUUAAUCUGACCGAGAAGGCCCGCUGUCCGGAGGCGGGCGAUGUGCGCCCGUGCAGUGCCGAUGGGCUGUACCACUUCAACACGAACGUGGCGUUCGACCGGGAGGGUGUGGUCGUGUCGCGGUACCGAAAGUUCAACCUGUUCGGGGAGGCCGGUAUCAACACGACCGUCUACCCGGAGAUGGCGAGCUUUGAGACGGACUUUGGGGUGAAGUUUGGCCACUUUAUCUGUUUCGAUCUGAUGUUCAACCAGCCGGCGCUGGAGCUCGUACGGUUGGGCAUUACCGACUUUAUCUUCCCGACGAUGUGGUUCUCCGAGCUGCCCUUCCUAACGGCGGCCCAGAUCCAGCAGGGGUGGGCAUUUUCGAACAACGUGAAUCUGCUCGCGGCCGGCGCUAGCUUCCCGGGGGUGGGCAGCACCGGUACGGGGAUCUACUCCGGUCGGCGCGGUGAGCUCACGACCGUCAUGAACCACGAACCGCAAACCAAGCUUUAUGUCGCACAGGUGCCCAAAAUGACAUUCCCAAAUGCGGCGAUUAACAAGAUCCCGCAGCCGAAAGGUACGCCGGCCCAGAUGGCCAAGCUCUACCUGAAGCGUGACCAGAUCGACAAGUACGCGACGAAAGAUCUGCCGAUGACGUCGAACGCACUGCUGCAGGAGUCGGUCUGCUACGAAAGUCACUGUUGCAACUUUACGAUUAACUACAGCGUCAAGCCGAAUCUGCAAAAUACGAACUACUAUCGCUACAAGCUGGCGGCUUACGAUGCUGGCCGUACGUUCGACGGGUUUGCCGAUGGCCAGAUUACGACGUGUGCCAUUUUUGCCUGCUCCUCCGCCAACUAUAGCGACUGUUCGCGCCGGUUCGCUGCAACCGAAGCGUACGAUGAAGCGGUCACGUUCAACACCAUCACGAUACAGGCAAAGUUCGCUAACAACGAUGAAACAUUUGUGCUGCCGAACAACGUGGAUACCAGCAUCGUACCGUUCGACGUGUCCGAGACGGAGUACACCGUCGUACCGAGCGUAGGCGAUCCGACACCGCACAACAUUGUGACGUACAAGCUGACCCGCGCUCAUUCGGACCUCUACACGUUCGCGAUCUGGGCGCGCAAGUUCGAGCAGUACGCAUCGGCCGGCGCUGCCAAUCCGGCCGGUUUGUUCUCCGCGUUAGUAUUGAUUGUGAGCGCUGCGGUGAUGGGGGGGCUGACGAAGAAUCUGUGGCAAUGUUAACGACACUUCCACCCUUUUUGCAGCAUUCAUGGUGCAGAAUUGUAGCGAGUGCAUUUCACCAUCACAUUGCAUCCAUAUCUCGUCAUGCGAUCGCUUCACGCCAUCAAACAUUGCUUCAUUCAAAUCACAUCGUUUCAUGCUAUGGGGUGAGAUGAGGUGGGUAAAGUAAACGUUUUUGAUUAAUCGUUAAUUUAUAAAUGAUGAUCUUUGCGGUUAAUACAAAUAAUCGGUUUUCAAGAGAUCAAAAUAAAAAUAAUAAACGUUCUUAUUAUUCGGAAUCGUUUUCGAUUUAAA